GGCGCGCGGCCCGGCGCGCGGCCAGGCGGGCGUGUAACGGCCGUUAGCGAAACCGAGAGACUGAACCGCCGUUCGCUUCCGACGUGGUGACUGUAGUCAGUAUCCCUGAGUGUGCGAUUUCGCCGCGGUUUUCACGCCCACUUGACUCAAAUAACUGUGUUGAUGGCCAUGCAAGAGAAGUACCCAAAUGAGAGAAUCUCUCAUGCUACCUCACCAAGUUCCAGUGUGAUUCAGAAGAGCAAUUCCUUGGGGACUGAAUGGCAGACCCCAGUUGUCUCCGAAGCCUUCCGGAGCCGCUUCAGCCGGUGUUCAAGUGUAGCUGACAGUGGAGAUACAGCCAUUGGCACAUCAUGCUCAGAUAUUGCAGAAGAUUUUUGCAGCUCAAAUAGCAGUCCUUCUUUCCAGCCCAUCAAAAGUCACGUAACCAUUCCAACAGCCCAUGUGAUGCCUUCUACUUUGGGGACCUCUCCUGCCAAGCCAAAUUCUACACCUGCUGGACCUUCUUCCAAUCUGCCUUUAUCAGGGUUAACUGAAAAUGUGGGAAUGAUAAGAAAUGGGGAUCUUGGUGCACUUAAACGUUCUCCAGGCCUACCUAGAGACAUCAUGUAUCUUUGUGGUACUGCUGGAGAAAAUGGAAUUGAGCAAUCCUGGUUUCCAGCAGUGGGCCAUGAAAGAGAAGAAGUAGUGAGGAAAUUUGAUAUUCCUAACAUGGAAUCUACCCUCAAUCAGUCACCAGUGACGGAGACAUUUUAUUCUGAUCCCCACUACCGAGUCCACUUUCACAAUCCAAGAACCGACACAAACAAGGAUUUGUACAAAGUGUUGCCUGAGACCAAGAAGGCACCAGUCAGUGGGGCAGUAUGUGAACGGAAUGGACAACACCCUAAUGGCAGUGGAGUGCUCCCUUUGGGCCUCCAACCUGCUCCUGGGCUGCCAAAGCCUCUCCCCUCUCAGGUGUGGCAGCCGAAUCUUGAUUCUUGGCAUCCCCAGGAGCGAUCUUAUGAGCUCAGCACUUGUCGUCAGCAGUUGGAGUUGAUCCGUUUACAAAUGGAACAAAUGCAGCUUCAGAAUGGAGCCAUCUGCCACCAUCCCACUGCUUUUCCUCCUUCAUUGCCCACCUUAGACCCUGCACAGUGGAUCAGCAUCUUAAAUAGUAAUGAACACCUUCUGAAGGAAAAGGAGCUUCUGAUUGACAAGCAGAGGAAACACAUCGCUCAGCUGGAACAGAAAGUGAGAGAGAGUGAACUACAAGUCCACAGUGCUCUUUUGGGUCGCCCUGCCCCCUUUGGGGAUAUCUGCUUGCUGAGGCUGCAGGAAUUACAGCGAGAGAACACUUUCUUACGUGCACAAUUUGCACAAAAGACAGAAGCCUUGAGCAAAGAAAAGAUUGAACUCGAAAAGAAACUCUCUGCUUUGGAAGUUGAAGUCCAGCUCAUCAGAGAAUCACUCAAAGUGGCACUGCAGAAGCAUUCAGAGGAGGGGAAGAAACAGGAAGAAAGGGUCAAGGGUCGUGAUAAACAUAUCAAUAAUUUAAAAAAGAAAUGCCAGAAGGAAUCCGAGCAAAACCGGGAGAAGCAGCAGCGUAUUGAAACCUUGGAACGCUACCUGGCUGACCUGCCAACCCUAGAAGAUCAUCAGAAGCAGAGCCAGCAGCUUAAGGAUUCUGAGUUGAGGAGCACAGAGCUACAGGAGAAAAUGACUGAGCUGGAGAAUUUGCUAGAGAAAACCCGUGCAGCCUGCAGAGAGAAGGAGGUUCAACUUGAAAGCCUGAGACAAAGAGAAGCAGAAUUUUCCUCCACAAGACAUAGCCUGCAAGACAAGCAGAAUGUGGAGAAGACCAGUAGAGAAGGUUCAGCUCAACAGGAAGAAGGCGCCAAAGUGGGCAUGGAGUCCUGGCAGAAGGAAUGCGAUUCUCUCCGGAAGAUUGUGGAGAAGCAGCAGCAGAAGAUGGAUCAGUUGCGUUCACAAGUACAGAGCCUAGAACAGGAAGUGGCUCAGGAAGAAGGAACAAGCCAAGCCCUAAAAGAGGAGGCCCAGCGGAGGGAGACAGUCCUGCAGCAGCUGCGCACUGCUGUGAAAGAGCUUUCAGUGCAGAACCAAGACUUGAUUGAGAAGAAUCUCACACUGCAGGAACACCUGCGCCAGGCCCAACCAGCGUCUCCAUCUUCACCAGACACGGCCCAGCUGGCAUUUGACCUACAUCAAGAGUUGGCCAGUUGCCUUCAAGAUCUGCAGGCUGUGUGUAGCAUUGUGACCCAGAGGGCCCAGGGCCAUGACCCCAAUCUCUCCCUGCUCCUGGGCAUUCACUCUACGCAGCAUCCCGGAACUCAGCUAGAUUUACAGAAGCCAGAUGUGCUCAGAAAGAAACUAGAAGAGGUUCAACAGCUGCGCCAUGACAUCGAGGACUUGAGGACCACCAUGUCAGACAGAUAUGCCCAGGACAUGGGAGAAAACUGUGUCACACAGUGAAGAAUGCUGGAAAUGGGAUGGGCUAACAUUAGCCCUGGAGGAUCUGAUCUUUGAACCCAGUCCAGCAGGUUUUGCCCCAACAAGCCCUUGCCUCUAUUUGCUGCUAUUCCCAGAGUAAAGGGUGGGAGAGGAGGUAAGAGCCUGCAUCUGGGUAAAGACUGAUUAGGGAAAUCUGCUUUCACUACCCUACACUGGCUUUGCCUGGUCAGAUUGUACCUUUCCUUUCAUACAGAUUCAUUUGCCUUUUGCAGGUGGACUAGUAUAAGUCUUCACAGACUAUUCCCAGCUCCAAGUCAUUAUGAAAGGCAAGCAAGGCUACUCAGCUACCUUCUUCAUCCUCUAGGAUGGCUCCACGUUCAUUUCCACUUCAUACCUUGUUCUGCUAAUGCCCAGAGUUAGCGGGGUGUGGGAAGACUGCCGGUAGUUAUGGCUGUUAGAGAAUUCUCAGGCUCCAAGUGCCAGCUUGUGGGAACUAAGCUGGCCUCCUAGUUUUUCUUAGGCCUAAUCUCACUGCUUUUUCCUCAGGGCCCUUCUCACAGAAGCCUCAGGGUGAUCAUUCAUUAUAAAAGGACCCUGUAGAAUUGGGGGUUUGGAGACUAUAGCCAGUGCUCCAUCAUCUGUGCUCCCACUCCUUUACAGUAUCCUGUUGGAGAUCCCAUUCUCCAACUUACCUGUACUCUUGGAUUCUUGGCUGCCUCAUUACUUUCAGGCCCCUUGGACUUAAAAAGUAUUAACUUUAUCCUGGUUUAGACACGAUUUACCCCCAGAAUGUUUCAGGGUAGCUAUGAAGCUGCUCAUCCCCUGGCCCUGUGGGCAAGGCCCGUCCCCCUAUUUGUGCCUCUCAUGUUUGGGAUGAAUGCGGAGGGUGGGUAGCUUUCCUUUUCCAAGGCUCCUUGAAUGUUCAGAGAUCCCAGGACAUGUUGACUGUAAGAUACAGUUUUGUUUUCUGGGUUUGUUUUGUUUCUCUGGGACUUUUGGAUCCCCUCUGUUUUUUGGUUUUCUCUUGCUUCCUUGUUUAGGGAGUAUCACAUAGUUUGUACCUGACUGUCAGACCGGCCCAGGUGCUUUAGAUCUGGAGUCAGGCCAAGGAGGAGCCUCGUGGAUCUGGAGGAACAGCGAGUGGCUCACAAGCCAGAAUCAGCCACUGAGAUUCUUGCAAGGCAUCCUGGACCUCACUCUUAGGCCUGAAUGAAACUCAAGUGCUUUUACAAGUUUUGUGUUUUAUUUAUGGAGUGACUUAUCCCUUCCAUUCAGAGCAGCUGCACCCAGCCAUCCCCUCAUCCUCUGGGUUCCUGCCUCCUAAAAGCAGAGCGCCUUGUUGGUCUCCACCCUGUGUUGGGAGCCCAGCCACCAUGCUCACGGGUAUGUUUCCUCAUAAAGUUUAUAAGCAGUUAUUUAUAUGAAUCCUUGUUAUGUCAGCUGGUUUGUAUUGCCUAUUUUGAUUACAAAAUAAAAUAUUUAACAGACCUCCCCAGUUUUCCAUUGCUUUCCGUUACCACUGUCCUCCACCCCUCAUUUUGGCUUACUAGAACUAAAACUUGAGUGUUUACCCAGUUUCCCAAGACAACAGCAAGGAGGAGCCUUUGCAGGUCCAGCUUCAUGUCCUGUUUAGCACUUCCACUUCUGUUCUCGGGGCCAAAUAAGCUCUUCCCACACCACUUUCUAUUAGGCUAGGCCGCCCUGAGUCAUGAGCAAGUUUGUUAGGGGAAGUUUAGGUAAUCACCUGAGAGAGGAAGUCGCCUGCCUCUGCAUGCUGUAAGGAAGUGGUUUCAAGCAGAGCAUUUCAGGCCACUGCCUCACAGCCACUCUCUAGCCCUGAACCUAGGGAGACUUCUGAGGGGUGUCGUGUCCAGCCCUGCAGACAGUCUCCAAAGUUGGGCCUGGCGUUAAAUCUCCCGCUGAGCCGCAGCUUGGGGGUGCUGUUCUGCAGCCGUGGAGUUGGGGGUUAGGCUCAAGCACCUGAAGACUUACGGCAGAACUCGACCUCGGGGCUCAGGCCCUCUGAGGGAUACAUCUCUGCCUCCAUCCUUCUCAGAGCUCACAGCCUUGGCUCCCAUCUGGCUCCUCCAGGGUGUGGCUGCGCCUCCUGCCACCACCCACCCUUGUCUAAACCCGCCUCUCAGUGCAGGGGAACUUUGGGGGAAUUCUAGCGGGGGCUGGCCCUGCCUUCGCGCAGCUCUGGUCAUCUGGCUAGGUGUGGGUGGCUGUGUCCCCACCCUGCCUGGGAGUAAGAAAAAGGAGGAUCCUGCAGGGAGGGAGGAUGCCUAGCUCACGUUUGAAAAGAGCUGAAGCCUUUAAAGCCUCAGGCGGCGUGGCAGUAGGGCUCGGUGCCUGGGCUAUAAAUCCCAGCAGGGCUGAGGAGGCCUUUGCUAACCUUUGAGCCCUGUCCCUGCCUUAAGAUCCCAGCCCAGCCUCCAUACUACCAGCCC